GUCAGUGAGCUGUUUUUUUUAUAGCUUUCGUAUGUGAUAAAUUGCAGACGUUGUGAACACGAGAUUUUUGAUGUUUCUAUCCGCGCCUUUAUAUGUUUUGUUGUGAUGUCUUUUUUUAAACGGGACGUUUUAUUACGGAUCCUUCAGGGAUGGAGCCAGGGACAGGAUAAGCACCUUUCAUACUUAUGGAUCACAGUAUGGUAUGUGUGUAAGGUGAGAUAGAGCCCAGGCCAGUAAUGGACGCAGGACUAAACUGCAGCUCUCAUUGUGAGUCUAGUACCUGCUUCAUCUACUCAGGACUGAACAACCAGCAGGGCUGGGAAAUACUACAGAGACUCUGUGCUUUCAUGACGACAGGUGUGGAUGUAAAGAGUCGAUCACUGUCUCCUGCUCUCCGUGCUGUUGUCUGGACUCUGCUUUCCUGUGGGAUUCUACUGGCCCUCUUCUUUCUCAUUUUCACACUACGCUUUAGAAACAAUAGGAUAGUGAAGAUGUCCAGUCCCAAUCUGAAUGUGUUGACUUUGUGCGGCAGUGUACUUACAUACGGCAGUGGUUUCUUAUUCGCUAUGGAGGAAAGAGCAACACUGCAGGGAACCGGAUCAAGAGCAAUCUUACAGGCGCGGAUUUGGACGCUGUGUAUUGGCAGUUCUCUGGUGUUUGGUCCUAUGCUUGGUAAAACAUGGCGGCUCUAUAGAGUGUUUACUCAACGCAUACCUGACAAGAGAGUGAUUAUUCGAGACAUACAGCUGAUGGGUUUGGUUGCUCUGCUGGUCCUUGUGGAUGUUGUUGUUCUUACAACAUGGAGUCUGACGGAUCCAAUCAAGUGUUCCCGGUCUAUAAAUGCUAUGGUGAAGGUAAUAGAGUUGAGUGCAUCCUACACUCUGUCCCAGCUAGACUCAUGUUCCUCUCUCUACUCGGAUCUGUGGGUCAUUCUCCUCUCUGUGCUUAAGGGAAGUCUGCUCCUUUAUGGCACGUACCUCGCAGGCCUGACAAGCAAUGUCAGUUUACCCCCAGUUAACCAGUCUAUAACCAUCAUGGGUGCUGUCUGCCUGGUAACCAUGUCAACCGCUGUGGCUGUGCCUGUUUCUCUUUACCUGUAUGCCUGGCCUAAUGUGGUGUACAGCGUAGUGUCUGGUGCUAUCUUUAUCUGCACACUUUCCAUUAACUGCUUGCUGUUUGUACCCCAGUUGACCCAGUGGAGACACUUUGAAGAGGAGACAAACUCUCAUUCCAGUCAGAUGGCAAAAUACUUCAGUAGUCCCAGCAAGACCAUGAGCUCCAUGUACAGCGAGGAUGAGAUCUAUUAUCUACUUGGAGAAAAUGACUCCAUGAAAAGGCUCAUUAAUGAGAAGAAUGCCAUUAUCGACAGCCUACAGGAACAAGUGAAUAACGCCAAAGACAAACUGCUUAAAAUAAUGACUGUUAGCCACACCUUAGAUGAGGGAGAAAUGGAUUCCUCCAAUACUAACCUGAACUCCACCUCUACCCAAACAACAGUGGUAUCUCCCGAUUCCCCCUUCAUAACACGAUAUUCAGAAGUAGCUCCAGUAGUGGCUCUCUCUCCACCUCCUUAUAAACCUCCUCCACCACUUCCCGCUCACACUACCUCACAAACAGCCCCUAAAUGUUCAGUAGCUACAGAUGUUUCUUCUUCAGCACACCUAAGGCCUUCACAGCUUCAGAGUAACUCUACUGAUGAGUCCUCUCAUAUCAGCUGUUCAGUGAGGUCUGAUGGUGUAAGUCUGAAGGGUAUCGCAGAUGAGCCAGUUCCAGUCCUGAAUAUUAUCAGAAACUCUAGAUGUAUCUCAGAUAGCUCUGAAGACGAUACAGAGACUUUGGAAAAGUCUGAGGUUGAUACAUCAGCCUCCAAGGAGCAUACCACAGUGGUUGUAAGCAAUGAGCAGCUGGUGGAGAUCUUACAGGACCUGAGUGUAGAUGCUGUACGCAGCUCUGUCAGAUCACCUGACCGAGUGCGGAGGCGUUGCAUCAGUCCCGAUCAUGAGGAACUCGGCACAGCUCUCUCUCCUCUCUUGACUCAAUCACCUCUACAGUUCGUCUUCCCCACCAUCUCACCUUAUCUCAUGCGGAAACGUAGGCCUCCCUUUUACUCCUCUAGAGGAGGACCUCCCCCUUACUAUUUUCCUGGCUCUGUACCUCCAGGACGCAGAAAAGCAUCAGCACUUCAAGACCAUGAAAGGCUUAGAGAAGACCACUUCCACAAAAUAAAUCCUACCAGCCCAAGAACAAGACGACCUCAAGGACAAGACUUAUGCCUUGAGGGUAAUAGGCAGACAAACACAGGAACUAGUUGUGGCACUGAUAUCCUAACCAGCAGGAGAUGUUCAAGACAGGAAGACUGGGAAUCUUCUUCUUGCAAAUGUUCUAGUACUCCUUACACAGGACAGGUUCCUCGGCCUGCCUCGGAUGGUCUGAAAGAAAGAUCAGAGAAGCCAUACGACUACUCGGACUCAGACUCUAGCAGCUCAGAGGACUAUUGUUACUACCACCGGCCCUACUGUAGGGGCUGUCUGCAUCACCCCUAUGACUCUACAGACAGCCUUACCAGCUCUGACAGUGAGGAGGGGGAGCUGUACCGCUCAGCACACCCUGUAGUAAACUUUAAGGUGGACCUUAAACCAACCUUUGUCUAAUGAAGACCCAAAGUCAGGGUUGGGCACCACCCUCAUUAGAAGGCUACGCGGUUCUCUGCACACCCGUUUUGUCUGCAGCCCAAUUUUUGGAACUGUGUAGAUGGUAUGUGGCAAUACAAAUACUGUGUAAUUAAGUGUGGAAGUCCGAUACAAGAUUGUUGUUGUUGUUUUUUCUUCAUGUUGUUGUGUGUUUUAAACUUUGUUUGCCUUUGUCAGCAGGUGGCGACAUCACUGCUUGUUCUCAUAUCACACAAAUGUGUGACGUCCGCUGUGAAUGGCAAUUUUAAUAUGCGAUUGAAAAUUUUUCAUACAGUAACUUAAGGAUAACUUUACCCUAAAAUACAAAUGUACUGAUUAUUUACUCACACCAUGUCAUCCAAGAUGUUUACAUUUGGAGUUAUAUUAAAGCUUCCCUGCAUGGUUUUUAAUGGCAUUGGCCAAUGCUUCAAAGCUCCAAAAAGCACAUCCAUUCAUUGUGAAAGUAAUCCAUAAGACU